GGGCGGGCCGUGUGGUUGACGUUAACCUCGCAGCGAGAAGAUGGCGGAGCAGCGCAUUGUGCGAAAGCGGAGUGGGGACAACGAGCCUGACCAACGAGAUCACUGGACCCAAGAUAUGUUUGGAAGGAAAUGGGAGCAAGCAGGAAACCGUAACAAAUCCAUGGCUGAAGAUAGAUCACUUGGCUACCACCAGUCGAGAAGCCAGCAGAAAUAUUUUACUUUGGAUGUGGAUGAUGAGGAUGGUGAAAACAUGAGUUCAAGCAGCACUGACGUAAAAGAGAACCGUAAUCUGGAGAACGUCUCUCUUAAGGAAAGCAAUCAAACACCUGGUGAGACGCAGCUUUCAAAUGGCAGCAAUUCCUCCAUUAACAGAAAACGACCGUUGGAAGAAGGCAAUAAUGGGCACUCACAUCCUAAGUUCCGUGCUAAGAAGAGGAAGAAAACACCAGGUCCCAUUCUGCCAAAGAAUGCACUUAUGCAAUUAAAUGAAAUUAAACCAGGCCUCCAGUACAAGUUGCUGAGUCAAUCUGGCCCAGUCCAUGCUCCUGUUUUCAUCAUGGCUGUUGAGGUCAAUGGACAAAACUUUGAAGGAUCUGGACCCACCAAGAAAAAAGCCAAGUUACAUGUAGCUGAAAGAGCCCUGAGGUCCUUUGUCCAGUUUCCAAAUGCUUCUGAGGCCCACUUGGCUAUGGGUCGGAUGCUGAAUGUUAAUACAGACUUUACUUCAGAUCAUUCUGACUUUCCAGAUACUCUCUUUAAUGGGUUUGAAACCCCAGCACAAGGAGAUGAUCCUUACCUCUUAGGGUCCAAUGGAGAUGGUUCCUUCAAUUCAGGUGACUAUAAUUCUUUUGGUGUCUCGUGUGUUGCUGGAGGAAAUACUGUAGGUCAGUCAGCAAUGAUUACUCCAUCUUCUUUUGUCAUGACUAGUGGAAAGAACCCAGUCAUGAUCCUGAAUGAACUGCGCCCAGGACUCAAAUAUGAGUUUGUUUCUGAGAGUGGAGAGAGCCAUGCAAAAAAUUUCAUCAUGGCUGUGACAGUAGAUGGGCAGAUGUUUGAAGGGUCAGGGAGAAACAAGAAGUUGGCAAAGGCUCGUGCCGCUCAAGCAACUCUUCAAACUCUGUUUAACAUGCAACUGGACUCAACUCCAUCACGGCAACCUAUUCUCAGUGAAGGACUUCAGCUUCACCUGCCUCAGGUGCUGGCAGAUGCUGUGGCUCGAUUGGUUGUGGAUAAAUUCAGUGAACUGACUGACAACUUCGCCUCCCCACAUGCAAGGAGGAAAGUGCUUGCUGGCAUUGUCAUGACAACAGGAACUGAUGUCAAAGAUGCCAUGGUUAUAUGUGUUGCCACCGGAACUAAAUGUAUCAACGGCGAGUAUAUGAGUGACCGAGGCCUGGCUCUGAAUGAUUGUCAUGCCGAAAUUGUUGCACGUAGAUCUCUCAUCCGGUUUCUUUAUUCCCAAAUGGAGUGUUAUUUAAGCAACAAGACAGAAGACCAUCACAGAUCCAUUUUUAUUAAAUGCGAAGGAGGUGGCUUCAAACUUAAGGAAAAUGUGCAGUUCCACAUUUACAUCAGUACAUCACCAUGUGGAGAUGCCCGCAUCUUCUCACCACAUGAGGCAGCAGUAGAGGAUCAGGGAGACAAGCACCCAAAUCGGAAGGCACGAGGGCAACUCAGGACAAAAAUUGAAUCUGGUGAAGGGACAAUUCCAGUUAGAUCCAGCAACACCAUUCAGACAUGGGAUGGAGUGUUACAAGGAGAACGUUUACUCACUAUGUCAUGUAGUGAUAAAAUAGCCAGAUGGAACGUGCUUGGAUUACAAGGAGCUCUGUUAAGCCAUUUUAUGGAGCCUCUUUAUUUUGCCAGCAUUAUUCUGGGUAGUUUAUACCAUGCUGAUCACUUGUCUCGUGCCGUCUACCAGCGAAUUGGUGAUAUCGAAGAGCUCCCAAGCAUAUAUACUCUCAACAGGCCUUUGCUUAGUGGUAUAAGUAACACUGAAUCACGUCAACCAGGCAAAGCACCAAAUUUCAGUGUCAAUUGGGCUGUAGAUGACACAGCCUUGGAAGUUAUUAAUGCCAUGACAGGGAAAGAUGAUAUGGGGCGACCGUCUCGGCUGUGUAAACACGCUCUUUACAGUCGCUGGUUACGCUUGCAUGCCAAGUUGCCAUGUUUGCUUCAAUCCAAGCAAGAGAAUGGUUCUUACUAUGAUGCAAAGCAGGCUGCUGUUGAAUAUCAAGCUGCCAAGGAGGCCUUGAUCAAAGAGUUCCAGAAGAGUGGACUAGGCAUGUGGGUGAAAAAGCCCAUUGAACAGGAUCAGUUUGUUUUGUCUGUCUAAAUGCAGAGAAAUGUUGGGAUUUUUAGGAAUUGAAAGUUGCUGGAAUUCCAUAUGUCAGAUGUAUUUAUUAACUUGUAACUUUAAACUAAUUUUUUAAUUUUGUUUUUCUAAAAUAAGAACAUGUCCCCUUUUCUUGGCUACUGGCUAGAUUUUUUUAAAUAGCACAAUAAUUGGUAUACACAAUACUUGUUUUAAUUGGCUUCUAAACUGAAGGGUAAUGUCAACAAUUGAUUGCUUCAUUCAAUUGUGCAGCACCUUCCCGUAUUUUUAAUCAGUGUUACUCUUUCAAAUGCACCUAAUUUCUGAAGGAAAGUGUUAACUGCAGUUUCUGUUAAAAGCUAUGUGGGAAAUAGUCAUGGAUUUUAACAAUUUUGAAUUUUAUUUAAUGGGUUAGAUUUUCAAAUUUGGCACUCAUUGCACAGGGCAUCCUAUUAAGAGAGGGACCAUAUGCUGUGAAUUCAGAUGCAAAAAUUGUUGGUGUUCUCAAUGGUGUGCACAAUUUUUUGAUAAAUAGAAGACAAAUCAAGCUGCAAAUUGGAGGUGCUAACCUGGGCACUCAAAUAAAUUGGAACAUCA